AUGCUCCCUCGUCGUUGUCGGGUGCUGCUGUGGUCAUGGCUCCUGCUAGCCACAGAACACUGCUUGCCGGGUAACGUUGCUACUGAUGGCGCCGGAGAAUAUGGUGUGUGUGUGUUUGAGUUAAAGGUGAAGAUAGGAGGUAGGAAUAAUGUCACGCUGAAGUUUCAGACCUCCGCUUGGCGCGACAUUGCAGAAAUGCAGUAUCACUGUUUUGCAAGGCCAUUUGUUCCCGCGGUUUUCAAGUAG